AUGGUGUUUCUAAUUACAGAGACAAGUCAUCCUUAUAACCUUUUGAAGUCUACUAAGAUGCAGACUUUGGAGGCUCAAAAACGGCCAAGUGCUUCAACUAACACCAAGAAUUUUAAGAGUUUUUCGAAGAAAUCAGCAGAAAGGCCAGAUGGUGGAGCACAUUCUACUCUUCACUCUAGUCACUUUCUAGAAUUUGAAACUGUGUUUGUCAAACCCGAAAGUGAAAAGCACAGUCUCAUUUGUGAAGGAAAUCCAUUGGACGCAAAGUCUAUGGUUACUAAAAUUUCCUCUGACAAUUCUCAUGGCAAGAUUUCAACUUGCAUGAUUGAAUAUGAGCAUGACGCAACUUUGGAAAUAAAGGAUGAAAUCAUUCAAGGUCAAGAGACAGUUGCAAGCCAGAAAUGUAAUGAAAAGUAUUACAUAAAUUUGCAUUCGGCACAUAUGAGUGAAGCUAAUAGUUAUGGUGCUAAGAAAAAGGUAGCGACCCAUCAGGCGAGUGAUUCAACUAACGCCAAGCGUUUCCAGAGUUAUUCGGACUCUGGUCACUUUAUGAAAUUUGAAACUGUAUUUGUCAAUCACGAAAGGGCUGAGACAAGUAUCAUUUGUGAAGGAAAUCCAUUGGACAUAAAGUAUAUCUCUACUGAAAUUUCGUCUCAUAAAUCUGAUGCCAAGAUUUCAACUUGCAUGAUUGAGUAUGAACAUGACACAACUUUGGAAAUAAAGGAAGAAAUCAUUCAUGGUCAAGAGACAGUUGCAGGCCAGAAAUGUGAUGAAAGAAAUGACAUAAAUUUGCAUUCCCCACAUAUGAGUGAAGCUGAUAUUUAUGUUGCUCAGAAAAAUUUGCCGACCCAUCAGCCGAGUGCUUUAACUAACACAAAGCGUUUCCAGAGUUAUUCGAAGAUAUCAACAGAAAAACCAGAUUGUUUAGUUCAUUCUGCUCUUCACCCUGGUCACUUUAUGGAAUUUGAAACUGUGUUUGUCAAACAAGAAAGGGAAGAUAGUCUUAUUUGUGAAGGAAAUCCCUUGGACGAAACGCCUAUGGCUACUCAAAUUUCGACUGACAAUUCUAAAGGCAAAAUUUCAACUUGUAUGAUUGAAUAUGAGCAUGGCACAACUAUGAAAAUAAAGAAAAUAAUCACCCAAGGUCAAGAGACAGCUACAGGCCAGAAAUGUGGUGAAAAAUAUGGGACAAAAUUACAUACCGCGCAUAUGAGGGAUGCUGAUACUUGUGGUGUUAAGAAAAAGUUUCCGACCCUUAAGAAGCAAAAAGUUCAGGAAUCGAAAUUUGAAAUGAAUCGCACAUGCGAAAAGUGUGCACGAAGCUAUAUAAAUAAAUGGGCUUUGAAUCGUCAUCAAAAAUUCGAAUGCGGUGUCAUACCACAGUUCGGAUGUGAAUUCUGUGACAAACGGUUUAAGCGAAAUGUGCACCUUCAACAGCAUAUAGUUCGCAUGCAUCAUAAAACUGAAAUAAAGGCAUCGCAAAAAAAGUAUAACUGUAACAAAUGUUCUCGAAGUUACAGUUCAGCAAAUGGCUUGAAUUCCCAUAUACGUUUAGAGCAUUCAGCAGUCAAACCAGAAUUUACUUGCGAUUAUUGUUUGCAUAAAUCAAAAACAAAAUGUCACUUGUCAAGACAUAUUUCUUCAAAACACCUCAAUAAGUAAUAAUUAUUACGAAUAGUACCGGCUAGAAUUAUCUGUCCACUUUAAAAAAAUCAGAUUAAAUACAUGGCUCACUUUUUUCGUGGUUAUUUCGAUUUGCAAUUAAGUCAUAGAGAUUUAAAAAAAACGUGUAGAAAGUUUAAUAAAUUUCCAGUCGACGCAUUUUUCGCUUCAGAGCAAUUUUCGAUUCUCAUCUUCCACUUUGAGUCUGCUUUCAGAAUGUGAAUCAAAAAAUUGAAUCUUCGAUAAAUUAAUUUUUAAAAACUCCUUUAUCAAAAAAGAUUAAGAAAGAAACAAAAUAUUUAAUGGUACUUGAAUUAUCAUGGAAAAUGUGGAAGCGUAUCCAUAACGAAAUUUGUUUCAUCGAAGCAACAAUAAACGAAAGAUGGCGGUCACCACGCGACCGACCGACUUUCUUCUGGGCUACAUUUCCUAAUUUUUCAUAAUAAUUGGAGUACCAAUAAACAUUUUAUCAUGUUAUUGAUCUCAUUUUAAAGAGGAGAUUUUAUGCUUUAAAAUGUUUGUCUCGGCCUCUAUUUAUCUAAAAUAAUUCAAGUAGGGCUCAAUUGAGUCGAGAUUUAAUAAGCUUUGAAAGUGAUUUUUGGUAAUCUCUCUAACUUAAUAUAUUGGCGAGAUAGCACGAA